AUGUCCGACAAGACCAUCCACCCCGAGAUUCUUUGGGCUCAGCGCUCUUCUGAUUCCGAUGAGGAGAAGAACGUCCUCUUCAUCACCAUCAACCUCCCUGACGUGAUUGAGGACUCUCUGGAGCUCGACCUGACCGCCGAGGGCAUCAACUUCAAAGCCCGCUCGGGCAAUGCUGCUAAAGGGCUCCAAGAAAAAAACUACUCGUUCAACCUCGCUUUCUUCGCCCCCAUCAAACCCGACCACCCCCGCACGACCAAAAAGCUUACCUCCCGUUCCCUCGUCAUGACUCUCGUUAAAGCCGACCUGAACACUGAGUACUGGCCUCGUCUCUCCAAGGACAAGAAGGUCGCCUUCAUCAAGACCGAUUUCUCGAAAUGGGUCGACGAGGAUGAGCAGGAUGGUGAAGUCCCCGAGAAGGAGGAAGAGGACAUGGGCGGUAUGCCAGGUAUGCCAGGAAUGGGCGGCAUGGGUGGUAUGCCCGGUAUGGAGGGUCUGGGCGGAAUGGGUGGAAUGGGUGGAAUGGGUGGCGGUAUGCCUGGCAUGGGUGGCAUGGAUAUCCAACAGGUCAUAUUUACUGACAUUUUGUAA